UAAAAUAACUGAAUUAAGAACUUUCUUCCUGCCAAAAUUAGGUGUUUUUGCAUACAAAAAAAAAGUAUAAAAAUACAUUUUAUAUUUGGUACAGAUCAAAGUUUUAAUUUAUUAGUAUAAGAAAACUAUAUAUUAAGUUAAGCCAUAAUAAGGGUAUAUAGAAUUCUAUAUGAAGUCAAAAUGAUAGGUAAUUGUCAAAAGAAAAAAAAUAAAAAUAGAGCUUAGGUAAUUUGGUCAGUUUUCAAACUUUGAAGCUUGUGGUAAUUUACUUAAUUGUGAUGAUAGCUCUGUGACAAAUGUGGGUCGCUGGAUAACGUGUCUUAUACUUUGUAGACUUGAUUUAUGCUUUAUGGGCGGAUCGGUCUUAUUUUUGCUCUGUGAGAACUGAGAAGGGAGAGAGGAGGUUCUUUGCUCUAGAUUUAGAGCUUAGAGGAAUCGCAAUAACUGAAUAAAAGAGGGAGCGACAGAUAUUAUGAGCAUGGACUGGAUCUCUCUAGAACUCAAACUAAUUUCUUGUAGAGAUCUGAAAGCCUUCAACUUGUUCCAGAAGCUGUCCGUCUAUGCAGUGGUUUCUAUUUCCAAUGACAGUGAUGAGGAAAAGAAAAAGAAGCAGAAUAGGGAGCAACAGCGGCAAAAGACUCUGAUAGAUGGAGGAGGUGGCAGCAACCCCGAGUGGAAUCAGGUGAUGCAAUUUGAUCUAAAACAUGUGUCUCAGAUUGAGAGCGAUCAUCUCUUUCUCAAAUUCAAACUGCGUUGUGCUGGUGUACUGUAUGGAAAGAGAUCUAUUGGUAAGGUUUGCGUUCCAUUCAAGGAUCUGAUUGAAGAAUUCGACGGGAAUGUCAGGUUUGUCAGCUAUCAGGUUAGAACUAGUGAUGGGAAACCCAAUGGAGUAUUGAAUUUUUCCUAUAAAGUGAAGAAGGAGGGAGAUGAUUUGCCACGUACGGCGGCAGCGACAACUACGAGCCAUUUUUCUCGGGAGAGAUUGCAAGUCGAGCCACAAAAGAAGCGCUUGUAUCCUUCCCUGGAUGACAUUCGCUCUCCUUUGCCAGUACCGUAUUAUAUUAUGUCUCCGACUCAACUGCCAGCUUUUGUUCACCAUCCUUGCCCAUCGCCACUGGUACAAUCUGCAGGGCCAUAUUGGCAUGGUAAGCAAACAGCAGCAGGUAAUGAAUAUGGCUUGCGGGGUGGGCAAUUGGGAUGUGACUAUUGAGUCUUCGGAUUUUCACCACAUAUGUAUUAGCUUUUAUUAUUAUUAUUAUUUGUACAAGUCAGAUUAAUUAAUCAGUGAUAAAAGAGAAACUGUUGUUCCUCUUUUUUUGGCUCUUCUCUUGAAGAGCUCUCGCAGCGAUUCCUCUAA